AUGGAGGUAGACAUCGGAGCUGGUGGAGGUGGAAUCGGAGCCGGUAGAGGUGGAAUCGGAGCUGGUGGAGGUGGAAUCAUAGCUGGAGGAGGUGGAAUCGGAGCUGGUGGAGGUGGAAUCGGAGAUGAUGGAGGUGGAAUCAUAGCUGGUGAAGGUGGAAUCGGAGCUGGUGGAGGUGGAAUCGGAGAUGAUGGAGGUAGAAUCGGAGCUGGUGGAGGUGGAAUCGGAGCUGGUGAAGGUGGAAUCGGAGCUGGUGAAGGUGGAAUCAUAGCUGGAGGAGGUGGAAUCGGAGCCGGUGGAGGUGGAAUCGGAGCUGGUGGAGGUGGAAUCGGAGAUGAUGGAGGUAGAAUCGGAGCUGGUGGAGGUGGAAUCGGAGCUGGUGAAGGUGGAAUCGGAGCUGGUGGAGGUGGAAUCGGAGAUGAUGGAGGUAGAAUCGGAGCUGGAGGAAGUAGAAUCAUAGCUGGUGGAGGUGGAAUCGGAGCCGGUAGAGGUGGAAUCGGAGCUGGUGGAGGUGGAAUCAUAGCUGGUGAAGGUGGAAUCGGAGCUGGUGGAGGUGGAAUCGGAGAUGAUGGAGGUAGAAUCGGAGCUGGUGGAGGUGGAAUCGGAGAUGAUGGAGGUAGAAUCGGAGCUGGAGGAAGUAGAAUCAUAGCUGGUGGAGGUGGAAUCGGAGCCGGUAGAGGUGGAAUCGGAGCUGGUGGAGGUGGAAUCAUAGCUGGUGGAGGUGGAAUCGGAGCUGGUGGAGGUGGAAUCGGAGCUGGUGAAGGUAGAAUCGCAGCUGGUGGAGGUGGAAUCGGAGCUGAUGGAGGUAGAAUCGGAGCUGGUGGAGGUGGAAUCGGAGCUGGUGAAGGUGGAAUCGGAGCUGGUGAAGGUGGAAUCACAGCUGGUGGAGGUGGAAUCGGAGCCGGUAGAGGUGGAAUCGGAGCUGGUGGAGGUGGAAUCGGAGCUGGUGAAGGUGGAAUCGGAGCUGGUGGAGGUGGAAUCGGAGCUGAUGGAGGUAGAAUCAUAGCUGGUGGAGGUGGAAUCGGAGCCGGUAGAGGUGCAAUCGGAGCUGGUGGAGGUGGAAUCGGAGCUGGUGAAGGUGGAAUCGGAGCUGGUGGAAGUGGAAUCGGAGAUGAUGGAGGUAGAAUCGGAGCUGGUGGAAGUAGAAUCAUAGCUGGUGGAGGUGGAAUCGGAGCCGGUAGAGGUGGAAUCGGAGCUGGUGGAGGUGGAAUCGGAGCUGGUGGAAUCGAAGCUGGUGAAGGUGGAAUCGAAGCUGGUGAAGGUGGAAUCGCAGCUGGUGAAGGUGGAAUCGAAGCUGGUGAAGGUGGAAUCGAACCUGGUGAAGGUGGAAUCGAAGCUGGUGAAGGUGGAAUCACAGCUGGUGAAGGUGGAAUCGAACCUGGUGAAGGUGGAAUCGAAGCUGGUGAAGGUGGAAUCACAGCUGGUGAAGGUGGAAUCGCAGCCGGUGAAGGUGGAAUCAUAGCUGGUGGAGGUGGAAUCGCAGCUGGUGGAGGUGGAAUCAUAGCUGGUGGAGGUGGAAUCGGAGCUGGUGGAGGUGGAAUCAUAGCUGGUGGAGGUGGAAUCGCAGCUAGUGGAGGUGGAAUCAUAGCUGGUGGAGGUGGAGUCAGAGCCGGUGGAGGUGGAAUCGGAGCUGGUGGAGGUGGAAUCAUAGCUGGUGGAGGUGGAAUCGGAGCCGGUGGAGGUGGAAUCAUAGCUGGUGGAGGUGGAAUCGCAGCUGGUGGAGGUGGAAUCAUAGCUGGUGGAGGUGGAAUCGGAGCUGGUGGAGAUCUUGCUCCUGAUCCAGUUCAUCCUUCAUUUUAUACUCCUGGCAACGUGCUGCUAGGACACAGGCCCCAGGCCCCAGGCCCCAGGCCCCAGGCGAUGGUUGAUGAUGUCCAACGAAAUACCACCCGAGGAAUCGAUCUAGGACGUCCGGUUGCUGCUGAACCAGAUCUUCCCAAGAAAAUUCUCUCUGGAAGUGUCACUUCUGCUGUUCAAGACGCGUUUAAUCAAAAUGAAAUGACCAAAACCAUAGUAGCAAGUUGCGCUCAAAUCGAUGGGAAGGAAACGAGUGAAGAAUGCCGGUGGAAAGAAGAAGAACUUGAGGAUCUGAACGACCCGAGAAUCGGUCAUUUUGACAAAGAUGGCAAAAUUCCUAUUCCAGUUGAUUCGAAUGGAAAUAUUUUGAAAGGUUUGGAGAAUCGUACGAUCUUCCAAGUGGGUCAGAGACCAGUGGGCAAAAACAAAAAGACUACAAACCAUAUACUGAGCUGGAACCAAAACCCGAAUUUAUGGAGGAAGGUGAAAACACUGGAGACGAGUAUGAUGAUGUGGCCAGUGAGCCAGCAGAAUCACUUCCAGUUGUUCCUGAUUUACCAAAAUUGGAUUAUUCGGAUUCUGGAGAGCAGGAUGAAGAUUUGA